AGCGGACAGCUGGCAGCCGUGCUCGUGGGUUCUUGUACCACACAUAUGUGGCCCACAAUCUGGUGAAAACUCUUAGGAAUAUUUUGGAUGCAUUCUUUUUUUUUUAUAAAUGUUCAUUUAAGUAUCGAGUUAAAGGCCUGAUAGUAAAUGAAGGUGACGAAAACAAACAUUUACGGAAUAGUUUUAAAAACACAAAUAACUUACCUACCUACUAGUGAUUUCAGGAAGAUGAAGUCCAAAAAUGGUCAAUGUAUUUUAUGUUGCUUGGUAGUUAUUGCUGCAUUUGUGCCUCUUAUCGCCGCUCAACAAACCACUGCAGAUGAAUCUAUAAACAAGGACCGCAGUUUGAGACAAAUAUCGUCAAGAACUGGACAAAGUGUAGCCGUUAAGCCAAAAUGGGGAUUUUUCGGGACUAUCUUUAAUGUGAUAUUAGAGCAAAUCAACGACACGAAAAGUGCCUACAAUCAAAUAUCCGAAUUGGUCGGAAACCAAAUUGUUGACGAAAAGGUUUUAAAGCAAAUGCAAUUAGCAGAUGCUGCAACUGGUGAUGGAACUACAACUACUGAAUCCAACAAAAUAACACGCCAGGAAUUCUUAAAAAUACUGGACCGCAAUCUGAAAGGCUUAGCAAGAUUACGUAGUCUUGAAUGGCGCGAAGCAAAAAAGGAUUCCUGGAAUAAUCUGCAAGGAUACUGGAGUGAAUUAUUUGGAAAAAAGAAAAGUCGAAAUGCGAGAUAGUCAAAUUAAAUGAAUUAAUUUUAAUUUAAUUUUUAAUAUUUAUUUUUAUACCUGACCAAUUUGUACAUAUAAAUAAUGUGGGUAGGUAGAUAGACAUAUUAGUUACCAACUGAAAAUAUUUUGGUGUUUGAUGUUAUAAAAAUAUUUUAUUAUAUAUUGUGAUAUUUUCAGGAGAGUAUUGCUCCAUAUUAAAUAAGCACUGUUUUUGUAUUUUA